AGGACCGGGGAGGACUCCCGGUGCGACAGCGCGUAAUGAUGCCGUUUGCGCUCCUCCAGCGCUGACAAGUAUAUAAAGGCGAGGGUCCGGUGCGCCGGCAGUGAGAGGGAGCGAAGAGCCGCCGCAACAUCAUGCCGGUGUCCGGAGUGGGACUCCACCAAGCGGGAACCAGCUCAUCAGCAUCACCCACAGAGGGAAAACACGCAAACAUGAACUCCCAGUCUGACCAGCAGCAGCUCGCUAACGGGUGCAACCACCAGGUUCCAAACCAGAACCGCAGAUCACAGCAUGUGGACAGACCUGAAGUGCAGACCCUGCCCAUGCCAGUUCCAGAUCCCACAAUUCAAUACACUAAGUUGUUCAUCAAUAACGAGUGGCAUGAGUCAUGCAGUGGGAGAAAGAUUCCUGUGUAUAAUCCCGCCACAGGAGAGCUGCUGUGUGACGUGGACGAGGCUGACGCAGAAGAUGUUGACAAGGCAGUGAGGAGUGCCCGUGCCGCCAUCCAGAUGGGGUCACCAUGGCGAUCCAUGGAUGCCUCAGACCGUGGUCACGUACUUAACAGACUUGCCGACUUGGUGGAGAGAGACCGGCUACUACUGGCAACCCUGGAGGCUCUGGACUCUGGCAAAGUGUUUCUCAUGGCAUAUUUUGUUGAUCUGAUGGCCACAAUCAAAACUUUGAGAUAUUAUGGUGGCUGGGCAGAUAAGAUUCAUGGCAAAACCAUACCAGUGGACGGAGAGUACUUUACCUACACGCGACAUGAGCCCAUUGGAGUAUGUGGCCAGAUCAUUCCUUGGAACUUCCCGUUGAUGAUGUUUGCGUGGAAGAUUGCUCCUGCUCUGUGCUGUGGGAACACUGUAGUCAUCAAACCUGCUGAGCAGACCCCAUUAUCAGCCCUGCACAUGGCUGCACUCAUAAAAGAGGCCGGGUUCCCUCCAGGUGUGGUGAACGUGGUGCCAGGUCAUGGUCAAACAGCAGGCUGUGCCAUUUCCCACCACAUGGACAUAGACAAAGUAGCCUUCACCGGAUCUACUGCUGUUGGGAAACUUAUCCAGAAAGCUGCAGGUGACAGCAAUCUGAAAAGAGUUACACUCGAACUCGGAGGCAAAAAUCCAAAUAUCGUCUUUGCAGACUGUGACUUAGAGUACGCAGUGGAGCAGGCCCACAGUGGUCUGUUCUUUAACCAGGGCCAGUGCUGUCUGGCUGGAUCCAGGGUCUUUGUGGAGGAACCAAUCUACGAGGAGUUUGUCCGUCGUAGCGUAGAGCGGGCCAGAUCCAAAGUCCUGGGAAACCCACUGCUGCCAGGGGUGGAUCAAGGGCCGCAGAUUGACCAGAAACAGUUUGAUAAAAUAAUGGAGCUGAUAGAGAGCGGGAAGACUGAGGGAGCCACGCUAGAAUGUGGGGGGUCCGCGUGGGGUCAGCAAGGACUCUUCAUCCAACCCACCGUCUUCUCAAAUGUCACAGACGACAUGCGCAUCGCCAAAGAGGAGAUUUUUGGUCCAGUGCAGCAAAUCAUGUGUUUCCGUGGCGUCCAUGAGGUCAUCCAGAGAGCCAACGCCACGCAGUACGGCCUGGCAGCAGGAGUGUUCACUAACGACAUUGACAAAGCCCUAACAGUCUCCUCUGCGCUGCAGGCUGGCAUGGUGUGGGUGAACUGCUACAAUGCCAUGAGUGCUCAGUGUCCGUUUGGUGGCUUCAAAAUGUCUGGCAAUGGGCGGGAACUGGGAGAAUAUGCUCUUCAGGAGUACACGGAGGUCAAGGCAGUCACCAUCAAAAUCUCAAAGAAGAACUCAUAACACUGUCAUGUCACAAACCUUUUUUCUGCCUUUUAAAUUCUUUUCCACCUGAUGACUUCAUAUCCUCCAGGGGCUUUUUUGUGUCAUAUACCGCAGGGAUUUUCUGUGCCACGUCAUGAACAUUUAUUCCUCACAUUUCUGUGGAGAUAUUCACUUUUUUUCCAAUAUCUUGUCAAUAUCUUGUCUCUUUUACUUUCCGUGACAAUGCUGACUUUCUUUUAUCUAUGUUCCUCCAGUGUACUAUGUCAGAAGUUUUGUGGACAGCAUUUUCUUUCCAGUAUCGUUAUUUUUGUGUUGGGUAGUUUAAAGAGCUUAUUUUUCCUUGAGGGUUACAACUUAAAUAGCACUAAAGAGCACAAUUAUUUUAAUUGACCACAUAAAAAAAAAUAACAAAAGACAUUUUACAAACUAUUUACAGGGAUUUCAAAAUGAAAUCAAUAAAACUGCACCCAUUUUGAUAACCAGAAAACAUGACACUGAUUUCAAUGCAGUUAACAUGAUCAUGACCCACUUACAUUUGUAUUACAAGGUACUGUGCCAUAGUUUUUGUUAACAUUUUUGCUGUGGUUAUACUCGUAAUUAAGAUAAAACCAUAAUUGCUGGAUCUUUACAGUGAGUAAUUAUAGACUUCUGCUGUUGUCAAUUAUAAUUAAUGCAUGUU